AUGCAUAACAUCUCAAAUUCUAAACUUCAAAAAGAAAAUCCUGAAUGUCUGGAAAGUCUGGAAAGUAUUAUCUAUAUAUCGUUACAUAGUUCAACUGCUCUCAUUCAAUAAUGAAUAGUUUCAAUAAUUACGAUAAAUUUGGAAAGACAAUCACAUUCCCGAUUGCCACCAAAAAUACUUUUACAACAUACUCAAAACCCAUGAAUCUCAAGCUGUCACUCUGAUGAGCUAAGAAAUGGAGAGUUUUUAAAAUAACCAUAGCGUUGUUAAGACAUUGCAUCAAUUGACCUAAAGCAGAGAACAUUGCCUCAAAGAAAUAUAAAAGACAAGGAAUAUUGGUCUUAUGGAUUAAGUCAGGCUGAUUUCUAAAUUCAUCUAUGACCUUAGGAAAUUAACUUACAAUUUGAUUGAGUUCCAUCGUAAAUGGAGGAACGCCCUGAGUUCUAAGUAUCAAUACAAUUACAAAUGGAUCAUCAAUCGUAGAGAUUAUUUGCUCAAGAUUCUGGAUGACUCAGAAGUCAUUUAAAAAACCUUACCUAAAAUGCUAAGUUACUUCAAUCUAAAAGACAAGGACAUCUUUUAUCUGAGUGUUAUCUAAUAAGCCCUUACAGAGAAUGUCGAAUAUUAUGACUUUCUGGCACAACACCAGAUAAAGAAGUCUUCAGUACAAAGAAUGAUGGAUUUGCAAAGAUAUUUUUAAGAAUUAACUGACGAACCUCAUAAAGUUGAAUCCAAUUAGUAAAUGGAUAAUAUGUCAUUCAGACCUAAUACAUCCAAAUAGUUCCAUUCUUAAAGGGCUAAGGUUGACAUACCUGCAGUCACUCAAUUAGAUGAUUAUCCUAGGACUAUGCUUUAUGUCAAUGAGGAUCUUGAGUUUUCAGUAUAUCACUAUCCAGAGAGAGAUAUCGAAAAGGUGAUCGCUUAUUGGCAAAGCAAGAAUAUAAUUGAGUUGAAUGAAAGCUUCAAAUGCCCUAUAGCUCAUCUUAAAGAUGUGAUAUUAUUUUGGCAGGAGGCCACACUCAUUUAAAUAAAUUAAUCUGCUUUGUUGGUGUGUUCCAUUGAUUAGGAUAGCAAUUUUAGAAGAUGGAUAAUUCAUUCGAUUUACAUCAUACAAGAACAACAACAGCAAAUUUGGCAACAGUUAUUGAAUCACAUUGUGUAGCAUUUAAUAAAAAUGCUGAUUUAAAAAGGAGACAACUUUGGUUCUUUGGUCAUCUCAUGUAGCAAUGACUAGCCAAUUAAAACUUAAUUGCAUAAUCUAAAGUUCAGUUUUCUCAAGAACCAUUCUUACAAUCAAUUAAAUGUUUCCCAUUAUGAAUAGAAAAUACCCUAAGCCUAAGUCAAUGUCAAAGAGAGAAGAUACUUUACUCCAUUGACUUUGAGGGUGGUUCGCGUAUUUGCAACUCAAACCCAAUCGCAACUGAUAACUGAUGAGGAGUUGUUGAUUGCUUAAUUCAGUGCUAAUUUGGGGAAGAACAACAUCAUCCAUUUUGAAAACAAUAUUACUGCUUUACAACCUAUUUUGUCUGUAUAUAUUAUAUUUAUAUCGAUUUUCCGAAGAAGUCAAAAUUGUAUGGUCAGGAAUACGUGUUGGUUCACAAACUCUAAGAUAUCAAGAACAGAUUUUAAGUUCAAUUUAACUCCCCUAUUGAUGGGCCUGUGUAUUUCUAAAACUUUGCAAUCAAACUCAAUUUUCAAUACUUCUCAAGUGAAAUCCACCGCCACACCAAUGCCCCCUACUUUCGUCUGAUUUCCGUAUUAUAAUAUUUAUAGUUAUUUAGCAUCCUCCAUUCAACGAACAGGAGGGUUCCAUCUUGGAGUUGACAUCAAGUGAUGCAAAUAUGAAACAACGCAAAAUCUACUUGGUCUCUACUAUCAAUCCUAACAUCAAGAUGUAUUGAACACCUCAUUAAAUUAGAUACAUAUAUGAAGUGCAAUAGAAUGAAAUCACUAAAUCGANUCUAAAAGACAAGGACAUCUUUUAUCUGAGUGUUAUCUAAUAAGCCCUUACAGAGAAUGUCGAAUAUUAUGACUUUCUGGCACAACACCAGAUAAAGAAGUCUUCAGUACAAAGAAUGAUGGAUUUGCAAAGAUAUUUUUAAGAAUUAACUGACGAACCUCAUAAAGUUGAAUCCAAUUAGUAAAUGGAUAAUAUGUCAUUCAGACCUAAUACAUCCAAAUAGUUCCAUUCUUAAAGGGCUAAGGUUGACAUACCUGCAGUCACUCAAUUAGAUGAUUAUCCUAGGACUAUGCUUUAUGUCAAUGAGGAUCUUGAGUUUUCAGUAUAUCACUAUCCAGAGAGAGAUAUCGAAAAGGUGAUCGCUUAUUGGCAAAGCAAGAAUAUAAUUGAGUUGAAUGAAAGCUUCAAAUGCCCUAUAGCUCAUCUUAAAGAUGUGAUAUUAUUUUGGCAGGAGGCCACACUCAUUUAAAUAAAUUAAUCUGCUUUGUUGGUGUGUUCCAUUGAUUAGGAUAGCAAUUUUAGAAGAUGGAUAAUUCAUUCGAUUUACAUCAUACAAGAACAACAACAGCAAAUUUGGCAACAGUUAUUGAAUCACAUUGUGUAGCAUUUAAUAAAAAUGCUGAUUUAAAAAGGAGACAACUUUGGUUCUUUGGUCAUCUCAUGUAGCAAUGACUAGCCAAUUAAAACUUAAUUGCAUAAUCUAAAGUUCAGUUUUCUCAAGAACCAUUCUUACAAUCAAUUAAAUGUUUCCCAUUAUGAAUAGAAAAUACCCUAAGCCUAAGUCAAUGUCAAAGAGAGAAGAUACUUUACUCCAUUGACUUUGAGGGUGGUUCGCGUAUUUGCAACUCAAACCCAAUCGCAACUGAUAACUGAUGAGGAGUUGUUGAUUGCUUAAUUCAGUGCUAAUUUGGGGAAGAACAACAUCAUCCAUUUUGAAAACAAUAUUACUGCUUUACAACCUAUUUUGUCUGUAUAUAUUAUAUUUAUAUCGAUUUUCCGAAGAAGUCAAAAUUGUAUGGUCAGGAAUACGUGUUGGUUCACAAACUCUAAGAUAUCAAGAACAGAUUUUAAGUUCAAUUUAACUCCCCUAUUGAUGGGCCUGUGUAUUUCUAAAACUUUGCAAUCAAACUCAAUUUUCAAUACUUCUCAAGUGAAAUCCACCGCCACACCAAUGCCCCCUACUUUCGUCUGAUUUCCGUAUUAUAAUAUUUAUAGUUAUUUAGCAUCCUCCAUUCAACGAACAGGAGGGUUCCAUCUUGGAGUUGACAUCAAGUGAUGCAAAUAUGAAACAACGCAAAAUCUACUUGGUCUCUACUAUCAAUCCUAACAUCAAGAUGUAUUGAACACCUCAUUAAAUUAGAUACAUAUAUGAAGUGCAAUAGAAUGAAAUCACUAAAUCGAAUAUCUAAUAAAACAUUAAUUAAAUCUUUGAGAGGUUUGAUAAAAAAUAGGAAGGCCUACAAAAUAUCUGGUUGCCCUUCUUCAAAGCAACAGGUAAUUAACUUACAUUGCCCAAUUCAAUUGCGAAUGGGUUCUUUUAAAAUAAUACUGAAAUCUCCUUCUGUUAUCACAGAAUCCCUGGAUUUUAUUCCAUUAGUAAUGUGCAUGAUCUAGACAAGGUGAUAUAACCACCCUUUUUGAUUGGGUUUGUUUAGAAUGACAUUGAAUAAAUUAAUAAGCCAUUAUUUUCGAUUUUGGUGGAGAAGGAUUGCAUAAUCAGGAGUCCUGAGAGGAUUGUGCAAGGGAAUCUAUAAGGCUAGCAGCCAUUGCCCUUACUUUUGCAACCAAGAGACAUAGAUGGGAAGAUUAAUGAAUUAUUGAAACUAACUGUGUUGGAAGUGUAGAAAUCAUUCAAUUCCGAUCCUUAUACGUUGUCUUACAAAUUGAAGUAUGGACUGGAAGCAGCACUAUUAAAUUUGCAUAAUGGUUAUGCUCUCAUCUAUGUUGAUGAGAAUCAUUUUCAUGAGAAGAAAUGGAUUAUUGAAUCAAUAAUGACCAACAAUCUUGAUAAUUUGUAAGGACAGUUGUAGAAAUUGAGUGAUUACAUAUUCAAUGCAGACAUCUACGCUAGUGAAGUCCAAAUCAGUUAAGUAUCAAUCUAAUUAAAGUUAGAAUCACUAUUCUGAUUAAGGAGAGUUGGUGGCCAAUAAGUAGGUUAUGGAUUCCAUCAAGAGAGCGAAGUUCAAGUGGAGACUAGUGGAUAACGAUGCCAAGAGUCAACAGAGGAAAACUGUGUAUUGUUUAAAGAGACCAGUCCAGGAUUUGUAUAUUAAAAUAUUAAUGUAGUCCACCGAAAAAGGACAAUUAGAUUUCAAUACAGUUUUAGAGUUAUUAUGCGUUGUAAUAGAGUGAGUAGAGAAUUAAAACAGAGAAUAAAUUAGAAUAUUUCAAAAUCAAAGACCAUUAUUAGUUAUUUGAAGAUUGUUUUCAAUUUCAUUUAGAGAGUGAUUUCUAGGAUGAGAAUCCAUUUUUAAGAAACAAAUUUCAGCAAUAUCAGGGUUCGUUGGCAAACUCUGAUUUUAAAGUGUUGUUGAAUUAGAAUGAAUUGAAAUCCCAGCUCUAAUUUGAUGUGAAAUUGCCAAACUUUGAUCCACACUUAUAGAUGGUAUGAUACGAUUAUCACACAAAUAGAUCAAUGUGUUUUAAAUGAAUGCACAAUUAAGAUUGAAAAGACAGAGACAGGUUACGAUUGGCCAUAAGAAAUACAUUGAAAUCCCCAACAUAAUGGGGACGCAGCAGAUUUACUAGGCUGAUUUAUAUUAGAAGAAUUUGAGAGUUUUCUUUGUGCCUACUUCAGAUUCGCUUUCUUAUUUCUACUUCAUCGAGUUGCACAACUAGCAGAUGGCCAAUCAAAUUAAGCAAGACUAUCUGAAUAUUACGACUAUGAUAUCUUAAGUAAUUGUGAUGUAUUUUGAUAGUCAUUUCCGUUCAAAUACAAUCACAGUUGUAAGUCAUUGUUGAUACAGCAAUUCGAAAAGAAGUCUCAGAUGAACAAGGAUUCUAAUUUCUUGUUUGUUGAGUUUGCUUUGAGCAGUCAGUACACAAUAGAACCAUAGGUGGUGUUGGAGGAGAAGAGUGAUGAUUAAUUAUGGAUUGUGUAGUUGCCAAUAGUGUGUGGAAUAAUACAAACGAAUGUGAGAAAUCAAUACGAGAGACCAUUAAUUGCAUGGAUAAUCGAGAAUUGA